GUUGGUGUCGACGGUCCAAGCCACGAUGGCAACAGUGUCGGGGAUCACAGUUAUCCUUAGCUGCAAGAACGUGGUGCAUGACAGGCACUGGCUGGCUGUAGAGUACAUCUGGGUCCUUGUUCCCUACAUGACCUAUGACAUCUACGUUAUGUACCUCUGCCAUUGGCACAAGAGCCAGGAAAAGGGAAUUGCAGAGAAGAAGCACUCACUGGCCAGUGUGUGGAGCUUCCUCCUGCAGGAGCGGCUGAUGGUGACCCACCACCUCUUCAUCCUCAUCGUGCUCACCCCCAUCACCCAGUACUUCAGGGGAAAGCAGGGUGACUUCUUCGUGGGCUGCAUCUUCACAGCAGAGCUCAGCACUCCUUUUGUAUCUCUGGGCAAAAUCCUCAUGCAGCUCAAAAUGCAAGACACCCUCCUGCACAAGGUGAACGGGAUCAUCGUCCUGGUGACCUUCUUCCUCUGCCGGAUCCUCCUCUUCCCCUUCAUGUACGCGGCCUACGGCAGGGAGGGGGGAAUUCCCGUUUACAUGGUGCCUUUCCGCAUCCCCCUGCACUGCAACAUCGCCAACGCCUCCCUCAUCGCCCCCCAGUCUACGCUCUACGGGUUCAGGCUCAUCUGCCGCAAAGCCGCGCGUCUCUACGGCAGCUCCCCCGCAGACCGGAGCAGAUAA